AGGUCGCCCGCGCGGUCGGCAGGCGCCUUGCGAGCCGCUCCUGCGGGCAGCUGGUUGUCAUGCGGCCGGCUGGAAGUGCGGGCCGAGCUUAUGGCGUGCGAGUGGCCGCGCGGCCCAACGCGCAGUUGCCCCGGGUUCCGCCCGCACGUCCUCGGGUUCGUGCCCAACGUGGACGAAUACAUGUCGGCGGCGGACAUUUUGGUGACGAAGGCGGGCCCCGGCUCCAUCGCGGAGGCAAUGAUCAUGGGCCUUCCGUGCCUCCUCACGUCGUUCAUCCCUGGCCAAGAGGAGGGCAACAUCGCCUUCGUGGUCGACGGCGGCGCCGGCGAAUUCGUUGCCGACACGGACCCCGACGCCAUCGCGGAGAAGGCGUCUCGACAGGAGGAGAAGAGGCCUCGUCUUACCUUCGUGCCGGAGGUGGCCGCAUGGCUGGGCGACCCCGAGAAGUUGUUGCAGAUGUCCGCCCGCGCUCGCCAGCUGGGCCGCCCCGGGGCCGCGCUCGACAUCGCGCGACGACUGUGCGAUGGGCUGAUGGAGCUCGGCACGGAACUGCGGGAAGGCGCCGCCGCCUCCCUGCACACCUCCUUGGACGCGACGCCCAGCAGCACGCGCGACUCGCCCGCGGCGGCCACUUACGAGUGGCUACUGUGCGAGUCGGGGAACGCGCUCCUCCUGGAGCCCGUCCUCGCCUGCUGCUUGCCCAUCUUGGGGAUAGGGACAGGUUCGAGGCCGGCCACCGCUCUCGAUCUCCCCCCUCGCUCGCCGCGGAGGGCUGCCCCGCCCUCGGCGCUCUGGGCCUGGCCGGCUCGCUAUAUAUCAGGAGGG